AUGUCCUCCAAUGAGAAAAAGCGCCUCCGAGAUCGUCGCUCACAGCAGACUCUCCGCGAAAAGAAGCUAAGACAUGUAGCCAAGCUCGAAGAGAAGGUGGCGCACUGCGAGCAGCAUCACAGCGACCAAGGCGUGCAACGCCUUCUCCAAGUAAUCAAUGGACUCCGCAAGCAAAAUGAAGCUCUUGUCACGCGCCAAAAGAGCUUAAAAUCCUUGGUCAACUCCUGGGAAACAGAAUUGGAUGAACCAGCACCCACCGAUGACUCUCCCCAUGACUUGUCAUCUGUAUUUGAGGAGAUGAGCAACCGAGAAGCCCAAUUCUCCCUGCAAACGAACUUCAACGAACCAAUACCCCAGCACGAAAUAAGCAGUCUUCUUAACACCCCAAUUUCCACUUUAUCCACGCCACCGCAAUUCCAAUCUUCAUUUUUGGAACCUCUUUCCGCCGAAAUCACACCUCCGUGGAAACAAAUCCCUCCACACACUGACAACUUCACUACACGAACAAUGAUGUCCUGUCCAUGGUUCAUUCCAGAGCUGAUACUCCCAUGUCCGGACGUGCCCGAUUCCCCCCUGGACUUGCUGUACGGCACGAAAACAAACCCACUAGCAGACAUGAUCCACACGGCUCUGCAACGUCGCCCAAUCCGCGAUCCGGAGCGACUAGGUAGUGGCUGGCUGACUUAUCACUUCUCGAGAUGGGUCCUUGCGCCAAGUCCAGAGACUUAUAAUCGACUCCCUGUGUUUCUACGGCCUGUGCAGGGGCAGAUGACAAUUCCGCAUCCGCUUGUGUUAGAUUUCCUGCCGUGGCCAAGGAUAAGGCUCAACAUGAUUCGGCGGUGGCAUGUAUAUGGCAAGGACCGGGAUUAUCUGUUUGGGCUCCUCGCUUGUUGUGUGAAGCUUCGUUGGCCUUGGAACGAGAAGAUCCUUGAACGGAAUGAGCGGAAUGAAUUGUGUAUCAAAAAAGCGUUUUAUGAGUUGUUCACGAGCGAAAGUGGUUGGGGGCUUACGCCGGAUUUUAUUAGACGAUAUCCUGAUCUUGUGGAGGGGAUGGAUAUUAAUCAAAUUGUGAUUGAGCUUUUGUAA